AUGGCCUCAGAACAAAGCUUCUCCUAUGGUGGUUUCAGAGUGUCGGACCUAGAAGUACCAACUGACUACGAGCUUCAUGCCAUGGAAACCCAAGUGCAGAUUGAGAAAAUGAGAGAUGACAUGCGACAACAGUUUGGCAAGUUUAGGGAGGAAAUACGGUACUUGAAAAAGGUCAUGACCGUGAUCGUUGGUGUUGGAGUUGUAGUUAUGUCAUUGAUCGGGGUUCGUGUUUGCAUCGAAAGCUCUAAAGCUCUGGGUGGGGAUUUUGGUGGAUGUAGUUGA